AUGUUUCAACUGCUUUCUGUCAUAGCAGCUGUGCUUACCCUAGGCUCAACUGUCAUAUCGACCGGCCUACUAGUACCACUAUACGCCUGGCCCGGCAUAGACGCGUGGAAUACCAUCUACGACUCAAUCGCAGCCCAUCCAUCAAUCCCAUUCUACCUGAUCAUCAACCCAUCCACGGGCCCCGGUAACACCGAGUAUCCAGAAGACGUCUUCAUAACCGCCAUCGCUAAGCUAAACAGCUAUUCCAACGCUAAAGUACUGGGCUACACCUACACGAAACAAGGUACGCGAGCAAGCUCCGAAGUCGAAAAGGACAUCGCUACCUACGCCAAAUGGGCCACAUACGCAGGGCAGAAUAUCCGUCUCUCCGGCAUCUUCUUCGACGAGGCACCGAACGGCGAAGAUCCGAGCAAGCUCGCCUAUUUCCAGAACCUCUCUCGGAAAUCUAAAAGCAGCAACUUGAGUAUCGUUGUCUCCAACCCUGGUGUCAAGCUCGUGGCUGAUGUUGCGGAGUGGUUCGCUGCGGCAGACUUUAUUGUCGAGUAUGAGAAUACUUAUGCUAAUUGGGUAGCUCGGGCUCCGGAUGAACACUUCUCGACGUCUGAUCACUAUGGAAAGGAUGCCAUUAUCUUGAAUCAGACGCCUGAGGGUGCCGAUAUUGAUAAUGUUGUUCGGUUGGCGAAGGAUAUGGGGCUCGGUGCUAUUUAUCUGGCUUCCGAUGAUAAUUAUAUGAGUCUCACGACUGUGCCUAAAGUUGCUGUUGCUGUCGCGCAAAGCCAGAAUGCUAGGCGCAUUGUGUGA